GACUUUAAAGUGGAGAAGAGAAUGACAUUUUAUUUUCGUUGGCACUUAGUCUCGUAACACAGAGUUAUAGAAACCUGUCUCUAUAAAAUCCUCUUUUAAAAAUUUACAAGAGGCAUAAAAUUUCCAGGUAAUCAUUCUGAUGCAGGCCUAUGUCGUGUGUACGGAAAAGGUUGCAUACGUUGAGUCGGAUAUUACACAGAGGUUCGUAGAGAUGAGGCGGUGAGAGAGAGAGAGAGGCAGAGCUGGAGUGAUUGUGAGGGGCGGAGGAAAGAGAGCCUGUUCUCAGCGCUUAUCACACUCAGAGCAGUGCAGAGAGACAGUCGGAGUAACAGCGCUCACUCACUCACUCAGUCAACCGCAUUCUGUCCGAGCAAAGCCCGAGCUGCCCGAGCCUCAAGCAUGGUCUCUAUAAUCUCAGACCUGGACCCUCUCAAGAGCUGGAACGUGUUAAGGCAGGACGCAAGUGAUCUGACUGGAACUAUACAGAGUAACGGUACAGCUGGGAAGAUGAACGGCGCCCUGGAACACUCAGACCAGCCUGAUCCGGACGCCAUUAAGAUGUUUGUGGGUCAGAUCCCUCGCUCCUGGUCCGAGAAAGAGUUAAAGGAGCUUUUUGAGCCGUAUGGAGCCGUCUACCAGAUCAACAUACUGCGAGAUCGCAGUCAGAAUCCACCACAGAGCAAAGGGUGCUGUUUUGUCACAUUCUACACACGGAAAGCUGCCCUGGAGGCCCAGAAUGCACUGCACAACAUAAAGACCUUAACUGGGAUGCACCAUCCCAUACAGAUGAAGCCCGCAGACAGUGAGAAAUCAAAUGCGGUGGAGGACAGAAAGCUGUUCAUCGGCAUGGUGUCGAAGAAAUGCAAUGAGAACGACAUCCGGGUCAUGUUCUCUCCCUUCGGACAGAUCGAGGAGUGCCGCAUCUUGAGGGGACCAGACGGACUCAGCCGAGGAUGUGCGUUUGUCACGUUUUCUACCAGGGCUAUGGCACAGAAUGCAAUCAAAGCCAUGCAUCAGUCUCAAACCAUGGAGGGCUGCUCCUCCCCCAUGGUGGUGAAGUUUGCCGACACGCAGAAGGAUAAGGAACAGCGACGGCUGCAGCAGCAGUUGGCACAGCAGAUGCAGCAGUUGAACAGCGCGUCUGCCUGGGGCAGCUUGACCGGCCUGACCGGCCUCACCCCGCAGUAUCUGGCAGUAAGAGGACACACCCACGCAGCCACGCCCACCAGCAGCACAGCCAGCGCAGCCGCCGCAUUGCUCCAACAAGCGACCACCUCCAGUAACCUAGGAGCAUUCAGUGGUAUUCAACAAAUGGCAGGUAUGAAUGCUCUGCAGUUGCAGAAUCUGGCCACUCUAGCAGCAGCAGCGGCUGCAGCGCAGAGUUCGGCCAGCCCGUCCACCGCUAGCGCCCUGACCUCCAGCACAGGGUCCCUGGGAGCCCUGGCCAGCCCAGCAGGUUCCACGGCUAACUCCAGCGCGGGUGCGAUGGGUUCCCUGGGUUCUUUGGGCACACUGCAGGGUCUGGCCGGGGCCACCGUGGGCCUCAAUAACAUAAAUGCACUAGCAGGUAGCGUCAACAUUGCUCACAUGCUCUCAGGUAUGGCAGCUUUGAACGGCGGGCUGGGCAGUACGGGCCUGAGUAACGGGUCGGCCGGGCCCAUGGACGCUCUCACACAGGCCUACUCAGGGAUCCAACAGUACGCGGCUGCCGCCCUGCCCACCCUCUACAGCCAGUCCCUACUGCAGCAACAGAGCGCUGCGGGCAGCCAGAAAGAGGGACCUGAAGGAGCCAACCUGUUCAUCUACCACCUGCCACAGGAGUUUGGGGACCAGGACAUCCUACAGAUGUUCAUGCCUUUCGGAAACGUAGUGUCUGCCAAAGUCUUUAUCGACAAACAGACCAAUCUGAGCAAGUGCUUUGGUUUCGUCAGUUAUGACAAUCCUGUGUCAGCGCAGGCCGCCAUUCAGGCAAUGAACGGGUUUCAGAUCGGCAUGAAGCGUCUCAAAGUCCAGCUCAAGCGCUCGAAGAACGACAGCAAACCGUACUGAUCUUAGCACUAGGGCCUCUCUCAUGUUACACUGCUAGGGUAAGUCCCCACUGCUGCCACGGUUACCAAACUGGGACUCCGGGGGGAGGGGGUGCACGAGGGGGGGAGUUUCACCCUUUGACCACCAGAGGGAGCCACUCUCCCAUAACCUUCUUUUCAGCUUUUUUUAAUUAAUAACAGUAUUAUUAUUAUUUUGUCUCCUUUUUUCCACAUGAACGCUUCCAUUUCCGCCAUUUUUUUGUAUGACUUGCGAUGAAUGAACAGCUAUUAUUGGUAUUUUUUAUUUUUCCUUUGGGUCAUGUGUAAACUAUUUGAUUUUUUUUUAAAGUAAAUAUUUAUACAGUGGCUAUUUCAUUAUAUGACGAUAACAACAGCAGAAAGGAACGAUGUAUAAAGUAUUAUUUGUUUCUCUUUGUGAACCUGAGGCUUGUAAGGACAAGUAGAGAAGGUUCCGAUAUGAUUAAAGCACCAAUAUGCACAUUAACCUUUGCCCUUUGGCCUCUGGUGUCGGUUCAGGGCUUUGCUGCUCCUUCGAACCCUUGGCCCACUGGCACUAGAGAGGAAAGGGUUAAACCCGCUGUGGCCUCUCUGUAGUCAACGGCAACAACUGCCUAAACAGCUUCCUCAACAAAUACUUGCCGUCAAAUGUUCAGUGAUUUUUUUUUUUCAUUCAUUUUUUUGUCAGAAAGGUUUUUUUUAGUUGUUGGUUUUUAUUUGUUUGUUUGUUUGUUUGGUUUCUUUUUGAAGAAAAAAAUGAGUCCGACUUUUACGCGUCAGAUAAUUGUGGUCUUCGUCCAACUGAAUUUGUGUAGAGCAUUAAAAAAAGAUUUUGAUCUGUCGAUGGUUUAAAAGAAUAAAGCAUUCUAGGUUCUAUGUGAAGGGGUGGGGAACUGAAAACUUGAUGUUUAUCGAAAAGAAAAAAAAUCUUAAAUUGCAGAAAGCCACAGGCCUGUAAAUUUUAUUUGUAAAAAAAUGCAGUUCUAUUUUUAUACAAAAUUUCUACUGCCUCUGAAGUAAAGGACUUUAUUUAUUAUCUUUUAAGUUAUUGGGUUUGGAAAGUCGUGCUCUCUCUAUCCUGAGCCUCGUCCGGUAGUCUUCUUAAACCACACAAUCUGUGUGACGAGAUCACGUACAAAACCCCUCGUUUUCUUUCUUUCUUUCUUCCUUUCUCUCUCUCACCAUUUCCCACAAUCCCAUCUGUCACGUCCCCAUCAUAUCUCUGUCUCGACUCUCUCUUCCUCUUCUCUCUUUGGUCAUAAGUAGUGGCACUUCAUAAGUAAAAUCUCUCUUUUUCGUUUCAUUUCGUUUCGUACUGUUUGGUUUUUGUUCGUACGCUCCAAAAACAAAAAACAAAAAACAAAACUGAAUAGUUUCUCCCAAACGGCAAUCCAUCUGCGGUCUUGGAUCGGACCAAGAUGGAUACUUUUGGGUGUGUGUGUGUGUGUGUCUGUAUGGAGGAGAUGGAGUGUGUGUUUGUACUCUGUGUGUGAGCGAGUGCCUCAUUUACAUGUACGUGUUGGCAAUCUAUUCCAAUUGUGUGUAUUUGUACGAUAAAAAAGAAAACAGUUAAAAAUGCUAAUGUGAUGUUGGUGAAACGCUGGUUAAUAGCGCUGCUGCUGAUUGUUUGUUUGUUUGUUUGUUUGUUUUGUUUGUUCGUUUGUUGUUCUCAUGGUUUAAUGAUGUUAGUUGUGUGCCGGAGCUGUGUGUGUAACUCUCCUCUCCCGUUUUCUUCCCUAGAACUCAUCUCCAUGACUCUAUGCUCAUCGUUUGCCUAGCAUGUCUACGUGGCGUACAAAAAAAAAAGUCUCAUCGUCCCGUCAUUGUUUCUGAUGUCUUUCUGAGUUCUCCUGCUCAUAAUCUGGUCUCCUUUUACUGAUCUUUGUACUUUGAUCUUAGCCUUGGAUUUGAAAUUUUUCGCAUGUGACCUCAUUUUGAGCUUUUUUCCUGUUUUUUUGUUUUGUUUUUUGUUUUUGAUUUAACUGGUGAGGGAGGGAGCGAGGGAGGGAAGGAAGGAAGGGAGGAAAGACAAAAAAAAAACAGUAAUAAUAAUAAUGUGAAAACGCUGCAUUCACACUCUAGAGACAGAGUAUAUUUACUAACAUAACCAGAGCAUCAUUUUAAGAAAACAGAAAAAAAAACCUAAAAAAAAAAAAAAUUCCUGUGGCAAAACAAUUACGAAUAUUUGCGUUUGACUUUUUUCUUUGUUUUUUAUUCGUCAGAUUGUUUUUUUUUUCUCUCUCUCUCUCUUUAUGUUGUUUUUUUUUUCAUUCAUUUAAAGUAAACUUGAACGUUCAAUACAGGGAUUGGCGUUGGGACUUACUGUCGGCAACACUCUUAUUUUGAGGCCUGCCGUAAGAAACCCUCGCUGGUUUCUAAACGAAUAGACUACUUCCACGCAGUUUUAAUAAAAAAAAUAAAAAAAAAGCUGCCUGAUCGAUAUUAGAAUCUCUCAGAGCUUGCUCGUGGUUUUUACAUUUUUCAGGCAGUGUAAAGUUUUUUGAUAAGGCCAUUUUAAGUGGCUUGAUUUCUCAUUAAAGUCUAUAUAAAACCACUUUUUUCUAGAGUAGUAAAGGUAUUAAGAAAAAAAACACACACAUACACACACACACACACACAAGAUUGCCCUGUUUGGGGGGAAUGCUACCUACGUGUCACACCUUUUGCUGAACUGACUUACAGUUAGACAAUCCGUGGUUUAAAUGCACAUGAAAUGACCUAUAUUUUAUACUGUUUAAAUGUAUAGAGGAAAAAAAAACAGAGUUUGUGUAACCCGCGGUCCCGUCGGUGCUUUUCGUGGAUAAAGUCGUGGUUUCAUCAAGUCUAACAGUCUUAUUUGUCUCAUGUUUUUAAAGAGAAGACUAAAAAUCAAUUUACUUGAACAAUAGACAAAGCCUUUCAUAAGUACUAUUACUACUACCUUUUUUGUUUGGUUUAUUGUUUUUUUUUUCUUUCCUUUUUUUUUUUUGUUUGUUUGCUUUUUUUUUUUUUUUAUAGGAGUCCCUCUUUGCUAAAUUUCUUGUUGGGUAAUUAGCUAUAUAAAAAUUAUUAAAAGUUACAGUGUCGGCUUGUGAAGCAUCUAUGUCAUUAUAUUAUUUUAUUUCUAUUGUGGGAAACAAUAUUUAGAUGUGUUAUGUUGUUCAGCAAAAUGUGAUUUUUUUUUUCUUAUAAAGAAAAAACAAGAUGAGUGGAAUUUAGUGCCAAAUUCUGACGGUACAUCCUGCCUACAGCUUCAGUGUUUUACUUGUGAAAUUAUUUGAUAACAUGGGUAUUUUAUUACGUAAGUGUUUUGUAUGGAACCCUCAUAUUUAAAGAUAUAGAUUUAAAAAAGGUUGUUAACUUGCUCUUCUGUGGUCUUGUUGCCUGAAAAUGUUCAUGUUUUUGCUUUUCUUUAUUUUUUUCUUUAUUUGUAAAGAUGUAAAAAGUGCCCAUGUGUCAUAAUCACUCUCACAAGCACACACACACACACACACACACACACACACACAAACAUACACACACACACACACACACACACAGGUAAGCACAUACGCAUGCACGCAUACACACACCUGUGCUAAAGGUUGACCUCACAACCCUCUUUUCUUUGAAGGUGUGUGUAUGUGAGCCCCUGAGAUUGAGUCUCAGCAGUUCUCCUUACACACACACACAUACACAAACACACGCACAUACACACACACACACACACACACAGAUUAAGGGUCCACUUACGCCACAGAAGGCCCAAAUUUCACAGGACAAAUUCAUCCGCUACAUGUUUGUCAGUGAACAAUUUGUGUGAUGGGACAAAAUAUUGAUGCAUUUAUGUGAAUUGUGAAUCAGGCGUUGAACUUUUGACCAUCAUGAUAUAAUACAGGGCCAUCGCGACAGCCUCUUUACACACAUAAUCAUUACACAAAAGCUGAUCUGUGUUCCUCUACGUUAAAUUCUAAACGUCUCAGUGUAGUCUCGCUUUCUGCUGCCUUUAUCAGGACUAUUUUACGUUCGUAGAACAACCAAAACUCCGUCCUGAUGCCAAAGUAGUUCAACGUGAUCCGCAGUGUUCAAUAGCGCCUGUAGCACUUUGCUGUAAACGUUUACACAUCGUUCAAACGGCCCAUAAAAAAAUAUUGUUUACAAACGUAGUUUACAGGCAGCCCCCUCAAACCAGUUUACUUCACUCUAUAGCACUAUUUUAUACCCAAGCUCUGCCGUUGCCUUAACACGUUGAUCAGUAUUAAUGGGCUGGAAUACAUUGCUGCACAUUUAAAAUGUGUGCCAAGGGUGUGUGUGUGUGUGUGUGUGUGUGUGUGUGACUGUGUACAGGUGUGUGUGCUAUGAUUGGUUGUUCGUUGUCUAUUCGUCCACGUUAUUUCUCUUUAGCCAAAACUGGAUCUGCAAAAAAUUGUGUCAGUUAAAACACAACAAAAGAACUCGUUUGUUUAAAAAAAAAAUAAAUUUCCGUACAAACAGAACAAAUUUUUGUAAAAUCAUUCUUACGUGAAUUACUAUAUAUGUGCACAAAGAAUUCGUAUAAUUUGUUCGUAAACAUGUUUAAGUAAAAUUUUAAAGAGAAUUUUGGCACAUGAGAACUAUUUAUUUAUUUAUCAUUCUUGGGUGACCUAUGACCAUUUUUAAGUAUUGUCGCACACAUGCAGAAGGAAUUUGUGUAAAAAUAUUGUUAAUCGUUGCACAUGAACAAACUGUUCUUGAAACUACACUGUAAAAAAUCAAAAGCUGAGACAACCAGCUGCAUGAGAUUUUUGAGUUCUCUCAACUUGUAAAUUGAACUUGUUAUACAACAAGAAGUUGAAAGAACUCAAAAAUCUCCUCCAGCUGGUUGCCUUAAAACUUUUAAGUUUUCUUAACUACAUUUUUUUUUACAGUGUACCUGAACUGUUACCUGACCUAUGGGCAUUGUUGCGCACAAGAAAAUUUGAUGUUUGUACAACUGCGAUAAUUUAUGUAUGAAUGGUUUAACGAAUGGUUUAUACGGAAAUUAGCUCUGUUCGUGUUUCACGAUUGAGGCCUGUAAUUGGAAAUACGUUUUCCUAUAAUUUACCCCUUAAUGCGUAUGUUACAUAUUGGGAAGUUCGAGUCGGUCAGUUUAUGAUAUACUGCUCUCUUUGCCAAAUAGUAUAACCACUAGCACAAACACAAAAGCACAUGCGCAUUAGCACACGCAGUAUUAAAACUGACGACUUCUUAUGCUUACCUAGUACAAACAGUCAAGAUGAUAGAAUUGCUGCUUAACCCUCCCAUAAAGUUGUUGAAAACUUUGCUCGCAAGACCGAGUUCUAAGCGGCAUGUAGGGAAUUAUAAUUAUGCUAAAUUUUUUGUGGAAUGCAUCUUGUUUGACCUCAUUUUAUUCGUUUGACUUGAUGUAAUAUCACUCUAUAAUGAACUGCCGUUCGACUUAAGUGUUUUUACCUCAGCUCAGCGCAGAAAUAUGGAUAUUCGGUUAUUUCCAUCUCGGCGUUCGACUUCGUUUACCACAAUCAACUUCAGACAAACAGGGUAAGCAUUCACGGCCAGCACAAUUUCACACACACACACACACAUACACACACACACACACACACACACACACACAUUUGUUAGAUGUUUAGUAAAGCACAAACUCACAGGAGUUCUCGCUGAGACUCUUCACUCAGGGGUUUUACGCACCACACGCAUCUGAAAUCUGUUUGUUGUUUCUUUUGUUUCUUUCUUUCUCUUAAGUGCUAUUUAACAAGUGUAUUUUAAAGAAAAAAAGAUGUGUAGUUUCUUUGCAUUUUGGCUUCCGUCAAGUUUUUUGGAAAUGUAUGUGUUUAUCUAAUGUGCCGUAACAAAAGCUUGUCGUCUGUAGAUUAAUAUCAUUUUGUUUGAUUCUAAAAAGAUUUAAAUAGUUUUAAGUAUUGUCUUGAGAAAAGCCAAAGUCAAUGCAUUUCAGUGGAUUAUGUAAGCGUGAUACAUGUUUGUUUGACAACACUUUGAAAAUCUGUCAUUGGAUGGGAAUUUAAAAAGUACAAAAAAAGCAGGCUUUCCUAUUUCUAUCACUGAUUGUACUUAUGCCUUUUGUACCAGUGGAACUUUUUAUACUGGCAAUUAAAGGAAAAGAAAAAAAAACUAUCCGACAGGCUGCACGGCCCCAGCCAGGGGCCGACAGCGACUGGUUCCCGAGUUUGAUUUCUAGUUGGCGUCCAGAACGUUAGGUUUUGAUAUAAAGAUUUUCUAGGAGAACUUUGGCUUGGUAUCUUUAGCCUCCUCUUCUUUAUUCUUCACAUCGAUAUUUGCUUUCAUGUUUUCUUUGGUUCAUUUCCUUUUUCGGAAAGAGGGUCGGGGAGUUUUCCUUUUGGCUUAUAAAUACGUAAUGCGGUUUGUCUUUACAAAGAGUCUUUACAACAGCGGUAAGUUUCAUUUAGUUAAGUAUUGUGCAGUCACCAUGAUAAAGACGAUUAGACGAUUUAGAAGUAUUUAGUCACCUUCAGUGGAUAAAUGUAUUAGUUUGACAAACAAGAUAAAAGUAAUUUGAGGACUUUGCUUUUAGCUGUUUAGAUUUUUCUGGUUUCUCUGUCUUUGCUGUUAACCUAACUGUGUAGCUGGAACAGUCAGACUUAUUUUUGUAAAUGUAUGUUCUUGUGUGAUGCAGUUUUUUGCCUCUGUCUCCGAUAUUAAACCAUUUUUCCUAA